AUGGAUGUAAAUAUUGAUGAUGGAGCAAAUGCUUCCGGCAGCACCACCGAGCCGAUCCCAUCAACCGAAUUUGCGCGGAUAUUGGAGGAGCAUGGAGUCUAUCUCGCCUCACCUAAAACACCUUCUGGCACCACCAACCCGUUCAACUCAAGCGAGCUCAUCCGACGCCAAAAUAAGCAAAAUAAAAAUAAUACUACUGCGGCUUCACAAAAGGAGGCUAAUAAAAUUAAGGCGGCCGAGACGCCACCGAAUGUCCGCAUCAUUUUGAACGCCUCGCCGAGCCAACCUGUGACAAUUCAACUUCAUCCACUGGGCGACAUUAAAGCCGGCGCUAAAGCUACGUCUCGUUACCGCCGGGCCGUGCUCGACGUUGCUGCAAACGCCAAUGGCACCGCGCUGCCCGGUGCAUUGGCCUAUCAAAAAUUAUUCGUCACGCAGUCCAAAGAGAACAUUGGGUUAACGAUCCAAACCACGGCCUAUAUGCCCCCAACCCAAGCUCGCCAGCGCAUUCCACCGAAGAAUGCAGCGCAGCUGCUUCACUGCACACUUGUUUUUAACCCCGCUGCCGAUCGCAUAAUCCUGAAAAACCUGAAUAACAAAUCAAUCACACUCAAAACGCUUGCUAAAAAAAAAAUGCCAGUAAAGUUAAAGCUGGAAAAAAAGGGUCUUUCUACUCCCCGGUCUAUACAGUCCGUCGAAAUCGAACCAAAUGACUUUAAACUUUUAAAGGCUGGACCUUGGGCGAUUUAUGCAGCUUCUGGGCAAGAAAUCCUGGAAUUUUCCAUCCUGGCUCGCAGCGGCAUCUCAAUCAUACCGAACCCAACUGUACCGAACAACGCGAAAACAACGUUGCAAAGGACUAAAAAACAGCUCGCCUCCUCACAGGCUGGGGACCCAGGCCCAUCCAAGAAAAGCAAACUCAGAAAACCUGACAAAAACGAUAAAACAACCAUUGUUUUUCAACCAAUACCCGUUCAAGCUGUAUAUCAACUCGAUCAUCCCUCGGCAUCAGCGAAAACACCGGCUUCAGUUCCAACUGCGAAUGCUGCGGGACGGGAACUGCUGCCUUUUCGCGGCCAUCCAAUGCAAUACCUCCACGCAGGAGACAAAGCUAGAAUUAUCGGCCCCAAUGGUGAGGAGUACACGGUCACCUACGAUAAGCAGCUCGCGAUAAGAGAAAACUGUCACGUCUUCACCGCCCAGCACUCUUCUUCUCCAAAAAACAACGGAGCAGCAGUCGUCAAGGUUAUCCGCUUGCCCUCUGGGCCAGUUAAACAGGGCGAAUCGGGCAAAAAAGCUCAAAAAAUCUAUAUUUUGGGUAAAAUAUGGGUGCAGAAGGUUAAAAACCAUUUAAGGCUGUCGGAACACGUACGUUAUAUCCCUUUCCUUAUAUAUAUAUAUAUACCAAAAUAUUCGGCUCCUAACUCUCCCGCUCCAUCGCGGUCCGUCCGGCUGCAGCCAUCGAUAGUGCGUCUGUUCGACGCCGACUCCAGGUUAUUUGCACUUUACAUGGAGCAUGUAAAGGCACCGAGUCUGCUUCACUACAGGAAACCGACGGUGGCAGGCCCGUACUGCACCCUAUCUUCGGCCAAUAUAUCCCAGGUCUUAUGUAAUACGUCCUCUACGCUCUACUAUAUCCACAGCCACAGGAUCGUGCACAACGACAUCAAGCCAAAUAACAUUCUUUACUCUCCAGACCGCGGCGCUGUUAUCAUCGACUUUGGCCUCUCGAGGGAAAUCCCAAACAGCACGUCCCAUACCUAUCACACGGGAGGGACUCCUUAUCGCGGUGCACCAGGGGACGUUUUUGCACUUGGGGUUAUCAACGAGGCGCUGCUUCUUGGAUCAGGCGCCAGGCUGGCCAUGCAAAAAUGGCUUUCUUUUAUUAAAAAUACUUCGGCGACACUGGAUUCCACAGACUUAUUGGAGAAUAUAAUCACCCAAAUAGUGCAAACGGUUCCCGCGAACCGGAUAACGACGGAUAAAUUGGCUGUAAAGGUUGCGGGUUUACAACCACAAUAA